AUGGAGUGGGAAGGGCCGCCCAAGCAAGGCUUGUACGACCCACAGAACGAGCACGAGGCUUGCGGUGUUGGUUUUGUAGUUGCUAUCGACGGAAAACGUACCCAUAAAAUCGUCCGAGAUGCAGAGACGCUCGCAAAGCGCAUGGAGCACCGUGGCGCGUGCGCAUGCGACAACGAUACCGGUGACGGCGCGGGAGUGCUAACUGCUAUACCGCAUCAGUUCUACUGUGCUCAGCUCAGAGACACUCACCAGAUCGACUUGCCGCCCUUCGGUAGAUAUGCCACCGGCAUCUUCUUCCUGGACAAGCUCCACCAUCAGGAAAUUGAGAAGAAGUUCGGUGAACUGGCCGAGAGCCUUGGACUGACUGUACUAUGCUGGCGUACAGUCCCUACCAACAACUCCACCAUCGGUCAAGUGGCUCGUAAUUCGGAGCCAUAUAUGCGUCAAGUGUUUGUUACCGGAGAUACCGACGACGAACAACUAGCCAGACAGAUAUUCGUGCUCCGCAAGCGUGCGUCCCAUGAGCUGGUGGUGCCUGGAGCCAGGUUCUACAUCUGCAGUCUUGCACUCAAGACUGUCGUCUACAAGGGACUAUUGACCUCGCAGCAACUAUGGGAGUACUUCAAGGAUUUGAACAACCCAGCAUUCACUACCUACUUGGCGCUAGUACACACCAGAUUCUCCACGAAUACCUUCCCAAGCUGGGAGAGGGCACAUCCAUUGAGAGUCCUCGCUCACAAUGGCGAGAUCAAUACGUUGCGAGGUAACGUCAACCUGAUGAAGGCUCGCGAAGGUGUCAUGAAGAGCGAGAUCUUUGGCGAUGACCUCAAAAAGCUCUACCCAGUCGUGGAGCCAAAUCUCUCUGACUCCGGUUCAGCGGACUGUGUCCUCGAGUUCCUACUCCAUGCUGGCCAGCGGUCGCUGCCAGAAGCUGUAAUGACGAUGGUGCCCGAAGCCUGGCAGAAUGACGUCACUAUGCCUAAGGAAAAGAGGGACUAUUACCAGUGGGCCUCGUCUUGUAUGGAGCCUUGGGACGGACCUGCUCUUGUGUCUUUUACUGAUGGACGGUAUAUCGGCGCCAUCUUGGACAGAAACGGCCUGCGACCCUCCCGCUUUUACGUGACGAGCGAAAAUGUGCUGGUCAUGGCUUCCGAAGUCGGAGUCUAUGAUGUAGACCCUGACAAGGUCAUUCUCAAGAGUCGUCUAAAACCCGGCCGUAUGUUGUUGGUGGACACCGUUGAGAAGAAACUUGUACAGGAUGCUGAACUCAAGAUGGAGAUCGCACGAAGCCGACCUCAUUCCGAAUGGCUUAGGGACAAGAUAACAAUGGAAGACAUCCACAAAUCCGUGGCAUCAGACAACGGUACCGUAGUAUCGAAUGGUACGAACGGCCACGCCAAUGGAGUGAUCACAGGCCUCUCGGACAAGAGGCUUGGCUUGUUCGGAUACACUAUCGAGUCUAUCAACAUGUUGCUACUGCCUAUGAUACAGAACAAAAAAGAAGCUCUGGGCAGUAUGGGUAAUGAUGCCCCGUUGGCUUGCCUGUCCCAGUUCCAGCCAUUGCCGUAUGAAUACUUCAAGCAGCUAUUUGCUCAAGUCACCAACCCACCUAUUGAUCCGUUCAGGGAGAAGAUAGUAAUGUCCCUGCUAUGCCCCAUCGGGCCGGCGCCCAACAUCCUGCAGCCGAGCGCAGAGUUCGUGCACCGCCUGUUCCUGCCGCAGCCCAUACUGUCUCUGCCUGAUCUACAUGCCUUGAAACAUACUACGCAUCGAGGGUGGAAGACGAAGGUAAUCGACUGCACGUUCGAGUACAGUGCGGGCCCCGCGGGGCUGGAGCCGGCGCUGACACACAUCGCCAGCACCGCGCACGCCGCGGCCGCCGCCGGGUACCAGCUACUGGUGCUGUCCGACCGCGCCGCCGGCCCGCGCAGGCUGCCCGUCAGCACGCUGCUGGCGCUCGGAGCUGUCCACCACCACUUGAUUGAGACUCGUCAGCGUAUGAAGGUCGGCAUCAUACUGGAGACUGCGGAGGCGAGAGAAGUUCAUCACAUGUGUGUGCUACUUGGUUACGGUGCGGACGCGAUCUGCCCAUACCUAGCCUUCGAACUAGCAUUCGCUCUCCGCAACGACCAUAUUUUGGACCCUAAUCUAACUGACGAGGACAUCUACAAGGCUUAUCAAGGAGCCAUUGAAACUGGUCUGGCCAAGGUCAUGGCGAAGAUGGGCAUCAGUACUCUACAGUCAUACAAGAGUGCUCAGAUCUUUGAGGCUGUUGGACUAUGCGAGGAGGUCAUUGAUAAAUGCUUUAGAGGCACCCAGUCUAGGAUUGGUGGAGUCAACUUUGAGAUUCUGUCAAAGGAGAUAUUCGAUAGACAUGCCUUAACUUACGGAGAUGUUCAAGAUGCACUGGUUUUGAGGAACCCCGGUAACUACCACUGGCGCGCGGGAGGUGAGAAGCAUAUCAACGACCCAAUGUCCAUCGCUAAUUUGCAAGAAGCUGCACUUAACAAGAGCUCAUCGGCUUAUGAUAAGUACAGGGAGAGCGCUUUGGAGUCGAUAAGAGCAUGCACUCUACGUGGUCAACUGGAGCUCGUGAAACUGGAUGAGCCCAUCCCAUUGAGCGAAGUGGAACCCGCUUCUGAAAUCGUCAAGCGAUUUGCUACAGGUGCAAUGUCAUUCGGUUCCAUUUCUCUGGAAGCGCAUACUACACUGGCCAUUGCCAUGAACCGUAUCGGCGGUAAAUCUAACACUGGAGAAGGUGGAGAGAAUGCUGACAGAUAUCUUAACCAGGAUCCCGAUUUCAACAAGCGCUCAGCCAUCAAGCAAGUAGCGUCGGGUCGGUUCGGAGUGACCGCGUCGUACCUCGCUCACGCGGACGACUUGCAGAUCAAGAUGGCGCAGGGAGCUAAGCCUGGAGAAGGCGGGGAAUUGCCUGGCUACAAAGUCACAGAAGACAUAGCAAAGACCCGUUGUUCAGUACCAGGCGUAGGUCUAAUCUCCCCGCCUCCUCACCACGACAUCUACUCCAUCGAGGACCUGGCAGAGCUCAUCUACGACCUGAAGGCUGCCAACCCUCGAGCCAGGAUUUCUGUCAAACUUGUCUCUGAAGUUGGCGUUGGUGUUGUCGCUUCGGGAGUCGCUAAGGGUAAAGCCGAGCACAUAGUGAUCUCUGGCCACGACGGCGGUACUGGCGCCAGUUCAUGGACCGGCAUCAAGAGCGCCGGCCUGCCCUGGGAGCUGGGCGUCGCCGAGACACAUCAAGUACUCGUACUUAACGACUUGAGGUCUAGAGUGGUAGUCCAGGCUGACGGUCAGAUCAGAACAGGUUUCGACGUGAUGGUCGCCGCACUGCUCGGUGCUGACGAGUUCGGAUUCAGUACUGCACCACUUAUUGCACUCGGCUGCACGAUGAUGAGGAAGUGUCACCUGAACACAUGUCCCGUGGGUAUAGCGACACAGGAUCCAGUGCUGAGGAAGAAGUUCGCCGGGAAACCCGAACAUGUUGUCAACUAUUUAUUCAUGCUCGCUGAAGAGGUUCGUCAACACAUGGCAGAAGUAGGAGUCCGUCGGUUCCAAGACCUGAUCGGUCGCACCGACCUUCUGAAGGUCCGGGAGAACAACGAGAACCCUAAGGCCAGGAUGUUGAACCUCAGCCUUAUAUUGAAGAACGCGCUGCAUAUGAGACCCGGCGUCAAUAUUAUUGGAGGCUCUAAGUCUCAGGACUUCCAGUUAGAGAAGCGUCUGGACAACCAGUUGAUAGAGCAAUGCAGCAGUCUGUUUGAUGGCACUGCCGAACAUGUAGACAUCAACAUGAAGAUCACCAACGAGGACCGAGCCUUCACAUCCACGCUCUCAUACCAUAUCGCAAUGAAAUGGGGUGAUGAUGGUCUCCCGGAGGGCAAGACCCUGAACAUCUCUCUGACUGGCUCCGCCGGACAGAGCUUCUGUGCAUUCCUGUCCAAGGGCAUCACUGUUACACUCGAGGGAGAUGCUAACGACUAUGUCGGCAAGGGCCUGUCUGGUGGCACGGUUAUCAUCUACCCACCGAAGGCGUCGCCGUUCGAGUCCCACUUGAACGUAAUUGUCGGAAAUGUCUGUCUGUAUGGAGCUACAUGUGGACGGGCUUAUUUCAGAGGCAUAGCGUCGGAGCGUUUCUGCGUCCGCAACAGUGGGUGCGUGGCCGUGGUGGAGGGCGUGGGCGACCACGGCUGCGAGUACAUGACGGCCGGCGUCGCGCUCAUACUCGGACUCACCGGCAGGAACUUCGCCGCAGGGAUGAGCGGUGGUAUCGCGUACGUGUACGACAUCGACGGUUCAUUCUCCGGCAAGUGUAACCACGAGAUGGUGGAACUGUUGCCGCUGGAACUACAGGAUGAUCUCGACUACGUACAGCAACUGUUGAGGGAGUUCCACGAGUACACUGGCUCAUUAAUCGCAGAAGAAUUUCUAAAGACUUGGCCGGAACCUGCUAAGAAAUUCAUCAAGGUAUUCCCGUAUGAAUACCAGCGCGCUUUGAAGACGUUAGCCAUCAAACAGCCGAGCCAGCCUAAGGUAGAAGCCAAUGGAAAGGCGGAGAAUGGAGUCCUGGACAUUGAGGAGACUGUCAGAGAUGUGGAACUGGAGACUAAGAAUCUGGAGAAGAUUUUGGAUAAAACUAGGGGCUUCAUGAAAUACCCCCGCGAGACAACGAUGUACCGUCCGGCAGAGAAACGUUCCCGCGACUGGGACGAGAUCUACAACAGCGCGCACGUCCGGCGCGGGCUCCGGCCGCAGGCCGCGCGCUGCAUGGACUGCGGCGUGCCCUUCUGUCAGUCGCAGCAUGGCUGUCCGUUAGGGAACAUUAUUCCCAAGUGGAACGACCUCGUCUUCCGCGGGGACUGGAAGCAGGCACUCAGUCAGCUGCUGCAGACUAAUAACUUCCCAGAGUUCACGGGUCGCGUCUGCCCGGCGCCAUGCGAGGGCGCGUGUGUCCUCGGUAUCUCGGAGCCGGCCGUCACCAUCAAGAACAUCGAGUGCGCCAUCAUCGACCACGCCUUCGAGAGUGGAUGGGUGCAGCCUGAGAUCCCUACACACAGGAAUGGUAAGACAGUGGCUGUAGUAGGAUCAGGACCUGCGGGAUUGGCGUGCGCACACCAACUGAAUAAGGCGGGCUACACGGUGACAGUAUUCGAGCGCAACGACCGUCCGGGCGGCCUGCUCCAGUACGGCAUCCCCACCAUGAAGCUCAGCAAGGAAGUCGUCGCCAGGAGGGUCAAACUCAUGACCGCUGAAGGAAUCUCCUUCAAGUGCAACGUCGAUGUAGGACGGGACAUCUCUGCUAGUGACCUGGCUAAUGAAUACAACGCGCUAGUCCUCUGCAUGGGUGCGACGUGGCCGCGCGACUUGCCUCUAAAGGGUCGCCAGUUGAACGGCAUCCACUACGCGAUGGAGUUCCUGGAGAGCUGGCAGAAGAAACAAAUGGGAGCCACCCACCAUCAUCAGGCCAAGGACCAUCCUGAGUUGAAUGCUAAGGAUAAAGAUGUACUCGUUAUUGGAGGCGGUGACACUGGAUGUGACUGCAUAGCGACGUCGUUACGCCAGGGUGCCAAGAGUAUCACGACUUUCGAGAUCCUGCCGCAACCCAAACCGACCCGCGGACAGGACAACCCAUGGCCGCAGUGGCCACGAGUCUUCAGAGUGGACUAUGGCCACGAAGAAGUGAAGCUGAAGUUCGGCAACGACCCGAGGAAGUUCUCCACACUUACCAAAGAAUUCUUGGAUGAUGGUGAAGGCAAUGUAUGCGGUGUAUCAGCAGUAGAAGUAGAAUGGACGCGCGGCGCGGGCGGGCGCUGGGAGAUGAAGGAGAUCCCCGGCACCAACAAGGUCUACAAGGCAGACCUCGUACUGCUCGCCAUGGGCUUCCUCGGACCUGAACGAUAUGUCGCUAACCAACUUGACCUUCCCCUGGAUGCUCGAAGCAACGUUGAAACUGAGAAAUCGAACAUUUACAAGACACCAGUCAGUAACGUCUUCGCUGCUGGAGACUGUCGUCGUGGCCAAUCGCUAGUCGUGUGGGCGAUAGCGGAAGGCAGACAGGCGGCAAGAGCAGUGGACACAUACCUGUCCGGCAAGUCCAGUCUGCCCGGACCUGGCGGCGUCAUCUACGACCACUGA